UUUUGAUGACUACAGUCGAGACGUUUGAUUACAUUACUACAUUUAGCCGCAUUCAAUGCGACCGCAUACGAUUUACGAAUGCGAGACUGGUCUCCGCAGUCUGCUUAAUUACCUCGCGUAGACUGUGCGCGUUGAUAAUCUUUGCUGUGUUGUCAUUUGUUUUCGUAAUAUGUUAUUCAAAUAAACUCGGUCGUGCUUUGGGAACUAGGUUAGGAUUCGAUUGUAAAACAACAGUCGGUGCAAUAUAAUAUUUAAAUAAUUUAAUUCAACGUGUGCAAAUACCAAAAAAAUCACCGCCAAAAUGCCAGUCUUCCAUACGAAAACCAUCGAGUCUAUUCUCGAACCGGUCGCACAACAGGUGUCACGAUUAGUGAUAUUACAUGAAGAAGCUGAAGAUGGCAAUGCAAUGCCCAACUUGGAGCAGCCAGUGCGCACCGUCAGCGUGGCGGUGUCGAACUUGGUCAAGGUCGGCAGAGAAACCAUCAACAGCAGCGACGACGCGAUCUUGCGACAGGAUAUGCCCGCCGCUUUGGUCCGCGUCGAGAAGUCCUCGAAACUUUUGGAGGAGGCGAGCGGUAUGCUUAAACAAGACCCGUUCAGCGGUCCAGCAAGGAAGAGACUUAUCGAAGGCAGCGGUGGAAUUCUCCAGGCGACAUCGGCUCUACUGCUAUGCUUCGACGAGUCGGAGGUACGCAAAAUCGUGCGCGAAUGCCAUCGCGUUUUAGAUUACCUCGCGGUCGCCGAGGUGAUCGAAACGAUGGAAGAACUCGUGCAAUUUUUACGUGAUUUAAGUCCGUGUUUGAGUAAAGUCACUCGCGAUGUCAGCGCUCGUGAAAAAGAGCUCACCCACCAAGUGCACGCUGAAAUCUUGGUGCGCUGUAUUGAACAGGUGAAAACCCUCGCGCCGAUUUUGAUCUGUUCGAUGAAGAUCUACAUUCAUAUCAUGUCGAGCGGGGGUAAGGGUGCUGAGGAGGCAGCUGAGAAUCGCGUGUAUCUGACGACUCGUAUGGCGGAGGAGAUUAACGAAAUCAUUCGCGUAUUACAAUUGACCAGCUACGACGAGGAACAGUCUGAUUUAGAUAAUAUUACGGUGCUAAAGAAACUGCAGAAUGCUAUACAGAAUAAGAUUAAUGCGGCUAAUGACUGGUUGAUGGAUCCGCAAGCUUUGCGCGGCGGCAUCGGCGAGAAAUCAUUGAGGCAGAUCAUUGAUGAUGCGAGAAAAGUCGCUGAUCGCUGCAUGCCGAAAGAUGCUGAGUUCAUCAGGAAACUGUGUUCUGAUUUGACCACCAUGACUGACGCGCUGUGCGAACUGCGCCAGGAUGGUAAAGGUGCUACACCUCAAGCGGAAUCUUUAGCUAGAGGUAUCAAAGAGAAACUUGGCAGCUUGCAACAGGGUAUUAUGAACGCCGUGAUUGCGGUGGACAAGGCAGGAUUACAGCAGACUGCGCACACGGUGCAGGGACGUAUUGAACAGGCUAGAAAAUGGCUGACCAAUCCUGGACAAGACGAUAAAGGUCUAGGGAAACGUGCGAUUGCAUUAAUUGUUGAAGAGGGGCGAAAGGUUGCCGAGGGACUUCCGGGACAUCAUAAAGCGGAAGUACAACAAUUAUGCGAUGAAGUUGAGGCGUUGAGCAAGCGUUUGUCGGAAUUAUGCGCUCAAGGUCGUGGUGAUUCUCCUGAAGCGCAGGAAAUCGCUAGAAAAUUAGCCCAGAAACUUCACGAAUUGAAGGAGAAGAUAAAUCAAGCGGUUGUCAACCGCGUCGUGGAAGAUUUUAUUGACAUCGUCACUCCGUUGAGGUUGUUUACCGAAGCUGUACUGGCGCCUGAAGGCUCGCCGAAUCGUUACCAGAAUUUUGAGGAUAAGGCGGCUAAUUUACAACAUUUCUCCAAUCGCGCAGUGAAAACUGCUCGCAUGGUUGCAGCAGCUGUUAAAUCUGAAUUUGUUAGAAAUACCACGCGUGGUAGCAGCGGAAAUAAAAAAUUGGCUGAAGCUCUUCAGAGUUGCGCGAAUCAAGUGGAUAGCUUGACUCCGCAACUAGUUUCGGCUGGUAGUAUUCGCAUGAAUUAUCCAGAGUCGAAGACUGCCGAUGAACAUUUUGAGAAUUUGCGCGGGCAAUACGCUGAUUUGCUAACUAAAAUGCGUAAUCUGUGCGAUGAAGCAACAGACUCAGCUGAGUUUAUCAAAGCUACCGAAGAUCAAAUGAAAAAGCAUACUUUCUUAUGCGAGGAAGCCAUCAAAAAUCAGAACCCCCAAAAAAUGGUGGACAACACUUCAUCAAUUGCGCGUCUUGCUAAUAGGGUACUUACCGUGGCCAAGCAGGAGAGCGACAAUUCCGAGGACCCAAUGUUCAUCGAUGAGAUCAAUCGGGCUUCCGAUGCCUUGCAACACAGUAUCCCACCAAUGGUCCAGGAUGCGAAGUAUGUGGCGAUGAAGCCAUCUGACGCCGCUGCUGGUUCCCGUUGGAGGGAUUCUAAUAAAGGGUUACUGAACGCGGUAGGAAUGGUGCGCAAGGCUAUUCAACCUGAUUUACCGCCAUUACCCGACAUGAACGCUUUGAAUCUGGAACCUGUACAGCAGCAAUAUUUCCAAAAGCAAGUUGGCGAACCGCUAAGAAACACACCGACUCCCGGGAGCGAAUUGCGCGUCUUGAGCCCCGUCCAACAUCAGCCAGGCAGAGUGAGUCCUCUGCCAAAAUGGGCUAGAGGAGACAAUUCAGACCUGCUCUGUCAGGAGCUAGUGCCAAAUAAUUACCAGGAGCCAGGAUAUUAUCGAUUUAUUCCGCAAUAUAUCAUGGAAGAUGAUUCCGCACCACCACGUCCUCCACUACCGAUGGGCGAUGGAGCCCCAAUGCGUCCUCCACCACCAGAGACAGAUGAUGAAGACGAUGUUUUCAAGAAUGCUCCGAAUGCCAGUCAACCCAUUAUGGUUGCUGCGCAUAAUCUACAUCGGGAAGUCCGUCAAUGGUCUGCCAAGGAUAACGAACUUAUUGCUGCCGCGCGUAAAAUGGCCCUCUUGAUGGCACGUCUAUCAGAGUUGGUACAUAAUGACGACAAGGGUAGCAAACGGGAGCUGAUUGCUACGGCUAAAGCAAUCGCAGAUGCCAGCGCGGAUGUAACAAGAAUUGCCAAGCAGUUGGCUAGAGAGUGCACGGAUAAACGUAUCCGCACCAACUUAUUGCAAGUGUGCGAACGUAUUCCCACGAUUGCUACGCAGCUUAAGAUUCUCAGCACUGUUAAGGCGACUAUGCUUGGUGACCAAGCUGACACUACUAGAGUGAAAAGGGGAGGUUCCGAGGAAGAUCGUGAAGCGACCGAAAUGUUGGAAGGCAACGCACAAAAUCUGAUGCAGAGCGUGAAGGAAACUGUGAGAGCUGCCGAAGGUGCUUCCAUUAAGAUUCACUCGCAAACCCAAGGCAAAUUGCGUUGGGUGCGACGUCAACCGUGGUACGCGUACGCUUAAACUGUACCUAAGCCGAUGAUAAAAAUCUGCCAAACGAAUAGAAACAAAUGAAACUGAAGACAAAGGAAAACGAAUUAAUACGAUGCUAACCAUGAUGCAUACAAUAACGAAACUACAAACUUCUUGGACAGUUAAUACAAUUAACUAUAAUAGUUUACGAAUGUAACCAACUAAUAUUUGAGCAACUAUUUUAAUAUUACUUACAAGCGUGUGUCGGAUCAGGUAUUUUGUGUGCAAUAUUUUAAAAACACCCUAAGACAAUUAAGACAACCGUAAUGAGGCUUGUUUCUAUAUAAAAUAGUUUAUAUGAAGUCGUUUGAUAUAAGUAAGUGAAUAACAAAACUCUAGUAUUAAAACGAAUGUCGGCAAUCGAAAAAUGGCCUUAACUUUGAUGAAUUUUAUCACGACGCCAAAAAAUACAUUAAGAAAUUGGCAGAAAUGAAUAACGUGUGUCUUGUUACAAUCGUAGAAAGUCGGAUGCCUUAUGAGAAAGCCUAUCUACUGUUCGUAUAGAUUACCCUGUACCAUUAGUACUCGUCCGUGUUGAUCUACUGAUAAGACAGAGAAAUAUUUAUCAAUUUUAAAGAUUCAGACCACUUUGGAAGUCCAAAGGGAAUAGAUAUUUUUAUAAGCUUUACUAGUAAUUGCCAAGAUUUAUAGAACUUUUAGAAUUUUACAAUGUAUACAUGCCUACAUGCAAGAAAUGCAGAAAAUUUGUUACUGAGUGUUAAUUAGUGCCAAAAUUAUUUAUUGCUUAUAAAGACUACUAAACGUAAUAAAUUUAGGAUUUGUUCUUGUUCUCGUUAUCGUUGCCUAACGAACUAGAUGUUGAAUAGAACGGUGCGUAAUAAUACUGUUGCAAUAAUACUAAAUGAACAAGUUAAUAACAAGAUUAUUUUAUUAUUAAACGAUGAUAAUAUACGUAUUUACAUUUGAACGACUUUGAACUAUCAAUUAAUUAACGAAAUCCUGUGAAAUUUAAUGGGAUGGUUUGUGUAUUGAAAUUUAAUGCAUAACAAUAUUAAUUUUGUUAAUUGAAUCAAAUAUAUUCUAUAAUGUAAACAGCAUAUUUUAUUAAAGUGAAUUGGCUUCAAGCA